AUGGUUUGCUUCACCAAGCUUUUCACUGCUGGCAUCGUUGCCACUGCAGCCAUCGCCGCUCCCGUCGAAGUCAAGCGCACUACUUCCAGCAAGCGUGGUGCCGCCUACAAUGACAUCUCUACUGUCUCCACGCUGAGCAACAGCGGUGUCAUCUCUUGGGCCUACAACUGGGGUGGCUCCAUCUACGGAGGAGACAUGCCCACCAAUGUGGAGUUCAUCCCCAUGCUCUGGGGAGCCAAGGACUUCGGCGGCUGGAUCACCACCGUGGAGACCAUCCUUGCCAAGGGCAGCAACUACAUUCUCGGCUUCAACGAGCCCGACAUGUCCUCGCAGGCCAACAUGAGCCCCUCCGACGCUGCCGGCUACUACAAGCAGUACAUCACCCCGUUCUCCGGAAAGGCCAAGCUCAUCUCUCCUGCUGUGACCUCCUCCACCGACUCUGGACUCGGUCUGAGCUGGUUCGAGUCUUUCAUCGGUUCUUGCAGCGAUUGCAAGAUCUCCGGCCUGGCUGUCCACUGGUACGGUAACAAUGCCGAUGAGUUCAAGUCCUUCGUUACCAAGGCCAUUGACACUGCCAACACUCACAACCUGUCUGAGGUCUGGAUCACCGAGUUCGCUCUCAGCGCCGAUGCCAACGGCUCCUCUGACUUCGCUACCACUACUGCCUUCCUCAAGGAGGUCGUUCCUUGGUUGGACUCCCAGUCCGGUGUCACUCGUUACUCUUACUUCAUGUGCGCCGAGAAGUACCUUCUCACCGACAAGGCUCUCAACGAGGCCGGCCAUGCUUACACUUCCUCUUAA